AGUGAAAUGGCGAGACAAUUUGGAUUCUGCCCGCAGAUCUGGCGCUGGGGCAAGUUUGGCAAGUGGCGGCGCUCGACUUGUGGCUUUAUAGAUGUCUAAUGUGCGCUCUGUGCAUUCGUCGCGGACGGACCUUUCCAAGAAGCGCGAGAUCAUGGAAUUCGGCCAAUGGAGACUAAAGUUAUGAUAAUUUGAAGCGUUCGCAAUGUUCAGGUCUUCUAGCGCGUGUGUCCAGUGCGAAGCUGAAAAGCCAGACACUGGACGUUUGCUUCGUUGCCUGCACGUCCUAUGUGAGGGAUGCCUGAAGGACAGCGUCAAUCCGCAGAUGGCCAGCAUUCAUUGUGUUUUGUGCAGGAAAGAAACGAAAUUGACCGAUGGCGGAGCUGCUGCGGGGAGCGCUCGCCGCCCAGCGUGGCAAACAUUGCCACCUUCCGCUGGUAUUUUGUACACCGCCAACACCUCUACCGAAGGUGGGUCGAACCCGCUUUCAGACCACGUGCAGGCUAAAUGUCCCGCUCACGCUGGCCAGGUGUUGUCGCUGUAUUGUGAAACCUGUAGUGCUCUUGUAUGCGGGAUAUGUUGUGCUGCGCACAUGCGCGAUGGACAUAGAAUGGUUCCUGCUACGGAUGUUGUCCAGAAGCAGAGGCAAGAAAUUCUCCGAGCCGUAAAGGAAAUCAGCAGUGUUCCGGGCUUGUCUGACCUGGCCGGUUUGGACGACAGACUAACAGACCUCAGUGCUGCAGUGGAUCAAUUUGACGAGCAGGCUAGUGAUGCAUCUAAGAAAGUGGAGACGUUUUACAACGAUCUGAUAAAAGCCUUGGAGAAAGACAAGCAACGUGUGAAGGAUGAGAUCGACCAGAUCAGGUGGAAAAAACGGAUACACUUGGAGUCUGAGCAAAGCCGGCUGAAUUCAAAGCGCCAGACAAUUGACACCAUCCAGGUGCUUGGUGAUCGCCUUGCUGAAGGCUGUUCUGAUGCUUCCUCCAGAGACACAGUGUCAACAAUGGACCAGCAUGUCUUAUCGCUUCACAGCAGUAUUCUGGAUGCUACGAGUGGCAUGACAUCAGAAGACCUGGACACACCAGUGAUGCACACCACUGGAAAGCUAGGGGUGACCAUUGAUGAAGAAGCAGUGGAGAAUGCUGUCAAGACUGUAAAGUCACAAACAACUGUGUUCUCAACUAGAGUGGACGUGGAGAGGAUGGUGAAUUAUAAGAUUACGAAGAAGUCAACACCGGAGCCAGAUAUGUAUAUCCUCCAAUUUCCACUCCAAGGCUUUGACAAUCGACCACUUGACGUUGAUAGCGUCCCGGAUGAUGUCCAUGUAAGCGUGAUACACCCUGAUGAUCAUGUGCAGGAAAUGCAGUUAACAGUGGGCAGCGACAACGGUAAACCAGUAUGUGAGACUGAAAUGCUCCAAUCUGUCCUUGGUGGUUAUCCUGUACAUGUAUCAUCAGCUGAAAAGAAGAAGGUCAUCUGGUAUGUGCCUCAUUACUCCAAUAAAUUCAACCGUGAUUUACGCUCAACAUCACUAUCAUUGUCUGAGGACAGCUGCACUGUCACCGCUACUAAUACCGACUGUGCAACGGCUGUAUGUACUAACGGAUACUCAUCCGGCAGAGCAUGCUGGUUGUUCAAGACCAACUGGGAAGAUCAUCACAACAUCUUCAUGGGUGUAGCAAAGCUGAAGGACAGGGUUACAGUCAGAGAAGCAGAGACGUGCAAUGCGGUGCAAGGAUGGUGGUGGUGCGACGACCAUUGUCAACAGCAUGCGCAUGACAAGUCGUCUGACCUCGUUUUACCACGCAAGGAUUGCCCAGUGUGUUUGACUAUCGAUGUAGAUAGUCAGAGGAUCGAGGUGUUGUUCCGAGGCAUGGAACGAGUGAAGAUCCUCAGCCUACCCUCUGACCACGCUAGCGGUGAAGGAAAGUGGUAUCCAUAUUUCCGUCUCAACAACACCGGCGAGUCGAUUACAAUACGCUAGUACGGCGAAUAAGGUGUAGAGUAGUAGAGGGACGUGUUGGAGCAAAACCACACAUCAAGUACAUUAUGCCACACACAGAGUGUCAUUACAAUCAGCACGGCCCUGGUGUGCGUGUGGAUGUGUGGGAGUGUGUGUUGGAGUGCGACAACACCGGAUGAGUCGAAUCGUACAUCUAAUUCACGGGUUAGUGCAUGUUCGUGCCGUUGAUCGGAAACGGAAUUCUUCUGUGGCCAAUCACCUCAUUGAUAAUGCUGAUUGUGCACGUGUGUGUGUGUGCUGGUAAACAUUUCCUUGUUUUGCCACGUAAAUGUGUUUAUGGUCUCACUCAUUUGAAGACGUUACAAGCUACAUAUUUACACUACAUAUCUACACUACACAGCCUUCACUUUGCAAACAAUAGAACACGGUGUACUAUUUUUACCUCUAGUCUCACCGUCCCUUUCCUUUCUUUCUUCUUUUCUCCACUCUUUUGACGAUAAUUAUUAUUUUUUCCGUAUGUACAUGUAAAUGUUUCAUCGGUUCCGACUGCUUAUGUAUAACUUGACAAGUCUGUACUUUUUCCUUCCAGAAUAUUUGUUUGUCUCAUAGAAAGUUGUUCAUUUUGAUAUUAUUAAUAUUUACACUCCUGUUGUACAUUGUACAGCAUCAUGCCACGUCUAACUUUUCACAUUUCAAU